UUAUGCGUUUUCAGCGUGUUUGUCGACGGUGUUUGAACUGCGAACAACCCGCAAAGAUGACGAUGAAAGUUGCCUCGCCGGGAGAAGCGCACGUGAUGCAGUAGUGCUUGGCAUAUUACGUCACGAUUAUAUCAUCCUAUUAUGUAAGUUAAGCUUAUGUAAUAUUUACAUAAGCAAUUGCCGGCUAAAAAGCGACUUUUUCGGCAAUUUUCAGCCUUAAGACGAAAGCUGCCUUGCGCUUUGCUGUCGUUUUGAUAUCAUUUCGCUGCUUUGCUCCUGUAUUUGAGACAGUUCCUAGGGCCUCGUAGCCGUUAAAUCCACUCCAUUUAGCCGCUUCAUGCCGCCGAACUGGCCUUCCGCGGUCUCAUAAAAUAGACUCACUCUAUGGUUACGCCAGCGCCUCGGCUGCACGUUUCAUCGGAGCUCUCGCGCCUAUCAUGGCGCCUCCAAUCCCCUACAUAACGCCAACCGCCUUUCGGUUUAUGACUGUGGUUGCAGGAACCCUGGUCGCGCUGGCAAGUGGAACUAACGUAAGUUGAUCAAAUAUCUAAUCUGAUGUUGGCGCACAGAGAGCCUCUUGAAACCUUGGCGGCUAACUGCUCGGGCAUACACAGUAUGUCUAUUCUGCAUGGGCACCACAGUUUGCAGAUCGGCUGAAACUCACGUCGACUGAUGGCAAUAUGAUUGUAAGUAUUGAUUUAAUCCGACUAUUCCUGGGACCUUCAUCACUGACUAACGUAUUCAUAGGGUGCUGCUGGAAAUGUAGGUGUAUACGCAGUGGGUAUCCCCAUAGGAUAUAUCGUGGACACCAAAGGAACUAGACUGGUUGCUCUCUUCGGUGCCAUUGCCCUGUUCUGCGGCUACUUUCCAAUUCACCUAGGUUAGACACGUUCUAUUAACCCUUAAUACUACAUUAGGUGAUACCCUUGGAAUAUCCUAACAUUUACUGUAGCAUAUGCUGCCGGUGCAGGUUCGCUAAGUGUCAUAUUCCUAUGCUUUUUCUCCUUCCUCUCAGGAGUUGGAAGUUGUGCUGCGUUUGCUGCCGCAAUUAAGACCGGUAUGGGAUUAUCUAAGUGCUCCUUAACAAGCGAUAUAUCAGGUACUCAUACAUGCACAAUAGCCGCGAACAACUUCCCCGACCAUCGAGGGUCCGCAACUGCGUUCCCGCUCGCUGCUUUUGGUCUUAGUGCUUUUGGUUUCUCGGCGAUAUCAGCCAUGGCGUUCAAGGAUGAUACCUCCGAGUUUCUUCUACUGCUUGCUCUAGGCCCGUCAUUGAUAAUAGUGGUCUGCACGUACUUCCUACAGCUACUGCCUCCACCGCCAUCAUACUCUGCAAUUUCGAAUGGUGAAUAUCCCGACUUAAAUCUAUUGCAAAGAACUAAACCGGCUGAAAAUAUCCAAGAGGAUUCUGAGACCGACUCGAACCGUGCCAUCGCGUCCUUCUCCUCUGCACAGGUUACUGCCGUACUGCCUAGUGCUAUCCAACCAAGACCCGCGCCACCGGAUGCUGAGGCAGACGAAACCUCUUCGUUGAUGAGUAGGACCAGGUCCUUGAGUGAUAGUGGCAGUUUCUCCCAGUACGAUCAGGCAAAACACGGUGCCCUCGCUGCUGGCCCCGAUAUACGAGGACUGAGUCUCCUUCCUACCCCGGAGUUUUGGCAGCUCUUUUUGCUGCUCGGUAUCUCCACUGGAGUUGGUUUGAUGACCAUCAACAAUAUUGGUAAUGAUGUCAUGGCUUUAUGGAGACAUGUUGACCCUGACGUUGAUUCGCACUUCCUUCGGGAACGACAAGCUCUACAUGUCUCCGUAUUCUCCGUAAUAAGCUUUACAGGGCGUCUCCUCAGCGGUAGGUAAACCCCCUGAUCCUGCGCUCGACUAAACAUGACGCUUGACAUGCCCUUGACCAGGAAUCGGAUCCGACUUUAUCGUCAAACGCUUGCACAUGUCUCGAUUUUGGUGUGUUUUCGUGGCCAACAUCCUCUUCUGCAUCUCUCAGUUCGGUGGUGCCAAAAUCUCCAACCCUCAUUACCUUCUCUUCGUCUCAUCCAUGACAGGCCUAGCAUAUGGUGUACUCUUCGGAGUUUAUCCCGCCAUUGUUUCCCAUGCAUUUGGAAUAUCUGGGUUUUCCCAGAACUGGGGCGUUAUGACUCUCGCCGCCGCAAUUUUUGGUCAUAUAUUCAAUUACAUCUACGGUGUCAUAUAUGACAGCCACUCGAAGGUGUUGCCUGAUGGUGCACGCCAGUGCAGUAUGGGACUGGAGUGCUAUUCGACGGCGUACCUGGUGGCAUUCUACGCAUCUAUUUGCUCUGGAUUUCUAACAUUAGUAGGAGUUUUCCUUGAAAGAUAUAGGCGGCACCAGAGAUUACUUACCGAGGAAGAUGAUAUACCCCAACUAGCUGCAUGAAUUAACGGCGUGCUGCAUCUUAACCUUGCUUAGAGUCUCGGAAGUAGCGACAACACUCACAUUCAGGUUCACCACUAGCUCAGGUGGCUUCUUGUUCCCGAGGAUUUAAUCCACACGUUUCCCAUGCCUCUCUUUUCUGAUUUCUAAUAUCUAAUCUUUCUCUAUUUCGCUAUACAUAUUCAUAUGCCUGCAUUCCGAUUACAGGCCGAU